AUGGAAUCUCAACGCCUGCCGAAACACCAUGAGCGGGAAUCUCGUCUCACCAAGUUCCGAGAUCCUGCUUGGUGGCAUGUAGACAUCGACACUUUUCUCAACCCCUAUCUUCCGGCACCGCCAUGGCGAUAUCUCCCCCGUCCCAUCUCCCAUUUUAUGGGAUAUCGAGGGGACCGUCAUCCCCAGGCAAUGGGCAAUCUGCUGAUAGCUCUCUGGUCUCUGAUCGGGGCGUUCUGCGGUGUGAUCGUGGUGGCCGAGGUGUGCAUGCAUGUACCCUCCUUCCAGAGCCAUCAUGCCCCGAUCAUCGUGGGUAGUUUUGGCGCAGCCGCCGUGCUGGAAUUCUGCGCCAUAGAAUCGCCCUUUGCGCAGCCGCGCAACGCCGUCCUGAGCCAGCUGUUUGCCAGCGUGAUCGGCGUGGGCAUCGGGAAGCUCUUCGCCUUGAACCCGCACGCCCACUCGAUGUCCCAAUUCGGGGGAGCCCUUUCGUGCGGCCUGACCACCGCCGUGAUGGUGCUGACUAACACCGUGCACCCACCGGCUGGGGCCACGGCGCUCCUGGCGGUCACCGAAUUGUAUGAGGUGGGCUGGUACCUCGUCCCAAUCAUGUUGCUGGGAUGCGUGCUCAUGCAGGCGGUGGCCCUGGUGAUCAAUAACAUCCACCGACGGUUCCCGGUGUACUGGUGGACGCCGGUGCCGCUGUCCCACCCGCAAGCCGAGGACCUGGAGAAGGCGGCUGGCGGCAAGGGAGAUCAGGAAAAAGAAGGGAGCUGUGUGCCCGCUUCGUCGGAAGAUGAUGGAUACUCGAGGACGUCGGUGCGGAUUAUCAUUGAGGAAGGGAAGGUCAUCAUGCCGGAUAACGUGUGGAUCACGGCAGACGAGAUGGAGUGUUUGGAGCGGAUUAGCGAACGCAUUUAG